GAUUCUCAACCACUGCGCCACCAGGGAAGCCCCUAACCAGUCUUUUUUUGUUGGCCAUUUGAGGUUGCUUACAAUUUUCCCCUUAACUGAUUUUGCAAUCUGAGGGAAUGAAAUGGAUGCAUGAAAAUGAGUGAAAUCUGGGAUUCUCAUUUUCCUGCCGCUAUACCAAAUGGGCUUCUCCCUUCUCUACUUGGAAAACUGCUCAUCCUGAGACCCAGCUCAGAUGUCAUCCCUCUGUGAAGCCCCUGUGAUGCCAAUUGCAGAGUUGGUUCCUCCUUCCUCUGUGGUCCCAAGGCACCAAGUCACACGCUGUGUAUAGGACAGACAUUGGAAUAGUCUGUUUCUCUUCUCCCCUCCAGGCUGUGAAUUGGGGGAAGUUGAUGUCUUUCGCAGUCCUGUGUUCUCCAAACCUAGGCCAUGCCUGGCUCACAGUGUUCUAUAAAUGUUCAUGAAAUGAAUGAACAUUCUACUCCGUUGAACACAAUUUUAUCAUUGUGCUGAUUUUUUAGGAGGCAGGUACUUUCUCAGCAUGGCGCCAAUAUGGGCUGGAUGAAUUAAGCUGGUACACUUGAGGAGAACUGGAUGUUUUCCUCUGCUCCAGACCCUGGAUCAGGGAUGCAAAUUCAUAUUUACGUGGAGUCAUUCAAAUAUUUAUUGAAUAAACAAAUACGUGGAUGAAAGGUGUGGUCCUGGACUUGGGAGGUAAGAAAGCCAAUCAGACAUAGCACCUGUUCUUGGUGAGCUCACAACUGGGAAUCAAGGAAUCUACCUUGGAAGGCUUCACUCCCCUCCCCCGCCAUGCAGCCUUUACUUAGACUUAGCCAGACAGCGGCCAGUGUCACUUGGCAACAAUGCCUGGACAUUUUGUUUUGCCAAGAGUUUGUGAUCCAGGAGUCAGACCUUGAGUGGGGAGCAUCUGCUUUAAUUUAUUAAAGGUGUAUUUAUUAAUCUCUGCAUCUGCAAGAUAUAGCACAGGACUUGGCACAUAGCAGGGGUUUUUAAAAGUCUGAGCAAGGAUGAAAUACGGUUAUGAAUAAGGAUAACAAUGUUGAGAAAGAUAGAAAUGACCACCAUUCGCUGAGUACCUCCCCAGCCAGGUCCUUGACUAGGUGCUCCCUACACAUCCUGUUUCUUAUAACAGCCCUGGGGUAAGUCUGUAUCACUCUCCCUUCUUACAAGUGGGUUCCCCCGCGGUGCCCAGGCCCACACCGCAGAGAGAAGUAUCUGCUGGAAGUUGAACCAGGUGUGCCUGGCUCCAAAGCCUGCCUUCUCGACAUAGCGCCCAGGAGCCUCAACAUCAAACGCUGCCCAUCUCUGCCUCCCCAGGUACUGCAGGUAAAGGUCGGUAAUGGGUCUUGCGUAGAAACCGCGUCCUUCCGAGUCGUGCAAGGACCGGUUCCUAGGAGGCUCCGGAGGCCACACCGCAGGCUCCGACCAGCUGCGAACAGGUGACUUGCACUGGGGCGCGCUCCCGCGUUAAGGUGUGUAGCCGUGACCUUCGGGAAGUGUCGGGCUCAGAACCUGGCACCCAGUAGACGCUCGAUAACGACCUUCGGUGUCCUCCGCGGGUGUAAGCGGAGAGUUGGGGGCAGCCCCCCAGGUGGAAGACGCUGCUCGGGACGAGGACCAAAGCCCCAAGCCCAGGGUCGGAAAUCUGGAGCGGCGACUCGACCGAGGCUCACCCACUUGGGCGGGGCCGGGGCGGGGCUUCUACUGUAUCCAGUCAAUCGGCGUCCGGGAGGCGAGCCCGCCCCCCGAGGAGGCGGUGCUUGCACACUCGGCCGCCCCCGGGCUCCUCCCCCGGGGGAAGGGGCGGGGCGUGCCGGCGGCGCUCGGCGCUGACGCUGCGCCGACGCGCCCGACGUCGGGCACGUUGACGCCGGCGACGCGCAGCCGGGCCCGCUCCUCCUGUGCUCUGCCAGUGUCCGGCCGCGGGCCGGCCUUAGUCACUGGGGGCGGCGGGCCCGGGGCCGCGGGCGCGGGGCGGGCGGCGGGCGCGGGCUGCCUUCGUCGGGCCCCGAGCUCGCCUGGAGCGAGCAGCCGCCCGCGAGCCGCCGCGGAGCCUCCUCGCCCGCUCCCGCCGGCGAGCAAGAUGAUGUGCGAGGUGAUGCCGACCAUCAGUGAAGCAGAAGGCCCCCCAGGAGGAAGUGGGAGCCAUGGGUCCAGCUCCCCUUCACAGCCAGAUGCAGAUUCACAUUUUGAACAGUUGAUGGUCUCCAUGCUGGAAGAGAGGGACCGUCUCCUUGACACUCUGAGAGAGACCCAAGAAACGCUGGCAUUAACCCAGGGGAAAUUACACGAGGUUGGUCACGAAAGAGAUUCCUUGCAGAGGCAGCUCAAUACUGCGCUUCCACAGGAGUUUGCAGCACUUACUAAAGAACUAAAUGUAUGCAGGGAACAGCUCCUUGAAAGAGAAGAAGAAAUCGCUGAACUGAAAGCGGAAAGGAACAACACCAGGCUGCUGCUGGAACACCUGGAGUGCCUGGUCUCGCGGCACGAGCGGUCCCUCAGGAUGACGGUGGUGAAGCGGCAGGCGCAGUCCCCAGCAGGCGUGUCCAGCGAGGUGGAAGUGCUCAAAGCGCUCAAGUCCUUAUUCGAGCACCACAAAGCCCUGGAUGAGAAGGUGAGAGAACGGUUACGAGUAGCACUUGAAAGGUGUAGUUUGUUAGAAGAAGAAUUAGGUGCCACACAUAAAGAGCUAAUGAUUCUUAAAGAGCAGAAUAACCAGAAAAAGACACUAACGGACGGGGUGCUUGACAUAAACCACGAGCAGGAGAACACGCCGAGUGCGAACGGAAAGAGAUCUUCUGAUGGUUCUCUAAGCCACGAGGAAGACCUGGCUAAAGUGAUCGAGCUCCAGGAAAUCAUAGACAAGCAGUCAAGAGAGCAGAGCCAGAUGAAGGAGCGCCUGGCCGCCCUGUCUAGUCACGUGACAGAGCUGGAGGAAGAUCUGGACACGGCCAGAAAAGACCUCAUCAAAUCUGAGGAAAUGAACACAAAAUUGCAGCGAGAUGUCCGUGAAGCCAUGGCCCAGAAGGAAGACAUGGAAGAGAGAGUCACUACUCUAGAGAAACGCUACCUCGCAGCACAGCGUGAAGCCACCUCUGUGCACGACCUCAACGAUAAACUGGAAAAUGAAAUUGCAAAUAAGGAGUCUAUGCAUCGACAGACGGAGGAUAAGAACCGCCAGUUGCAAGAACGCCUGGAGCUGGCUGAGCAGAAGCUGCAGCAGACCCUGCGGAGAGCGGAGACGCUCCCCGAGGUGGAGGCGGAGCUGGCCCAGCGGGUGGCCGCGCUCUCCAAGUCUGACCUUUUGUCUUCUGGAAACUCUGCCACUAAGGAAGCUAAACUGUUCGAACUCACUUCCCAGCUUAGGAAGGCCGAAGAGAGACACGGCAACAUCGAGGAGAGGCUGCGCCAGAUGGAGGCACAGUUGGAGGAGAAGCAUCAGGAGCUGCAGCGGGAAGCGGCGUUCCUGGGCCUGGACUGCAGAGCAUCAAACGCAAGGCAGAGAGAAAAGAUGAAUGAAGAACACAAUAAACGUUUAUCAGACACUGUUGACAAGCUUCUUUCAGAAUCUAACGAGAGGCUUCAGCUUCAUCUUAAAGAGAGAAUGGCAGCUCUGGAAGAUAAGAAUUCCCUCCUACGAGAAGUUGAAAAUGCAAAAAAGCAAUUAGAAGAAAUGCAACAUGAUAAGGAUCAGCUCGUACUAACCCUGGAAGCCUUGAGAGCUGAACUGGACCAGACGGGGCUGAGAGGGGCUCCCCUACACCACGGGCGACCCCACUUGGGCAGCGUCCCAGAUUUCAGGUUCCCCGUGGCAGACGGGCCCUCGGACUCCUUCAGCAGCAGUGCGGUGUUGCGACGCCCCCAGAAAGGCCGGCUGGCAGCGCUGCGCGACGAGCCUUCCAAGGUGCAGACGCUGAACGAGCAGGACUGGGAGCGCGCCCAGCAAGCCAGCGUGCUGGCCAGCGUGGCCCAGGCGUUCGAGAGCGACGCGGACGUGUCUGACGGCGAGGGCGACAGGGACACCCUCUUCAGCUCGGCCACCCUGCUGUCGCCCAGCGGGCAGGCUGACGCCCAGACGCUGGCCAUGAUGCUACAGGAGCAGCUGGACGCCAUCAACAAAGAGAUCCGGUUGAUACAAGAAGAAAAGGAGAACACGGAGCAGAGGGCGGAGGAGAUUGAGAGCAGGGUGGGCAGUGGGAGCUUAGACAGCCUUGGUCGUUUUCGAUCAGUGAGCUCCAUCCCCCCGUACCCCGCUUCCUCUCGGGCCAGCUCUUCCCCUCCCAGCAGCGUGCGGCCCGCCCCUCGAAGGGCCCCGCACAGCCCUGCGAGGGAAGUGGACAGACUAGGCGUCAUGACUCUGCCUAGUGAUUUAAGGAAACAUCGUAGAAAGCUGCCAGCUUCGCGAGAAGAGGUACGAGACGACAAGACGACCAUCAAAUGUGAGACCUCGCCCCCCUCCUCCCCGCGGUCCCUUCGGCUGGAGCGGCUGCACACAGCCAGCCACGAGGACAUCAGGGACGCACGCAACUCGACAGGCUCGCAGGACGGCCCCGCGAGCAACCCCAGCAGUAGCAACAGCAGCCAGGACUCGCUGCACAAAGCCCCCAAGAAGAAGGGCAUCAAGUCCUCUAUCGGCCGCUUGUUUGGCAAGAAAGAGAAGGGCCGACCUGGAGCCCUUGGCAAGGAAUCGCUGGGACAAGCUGUUAUUUCAGAGACAGAAAACUCAUCUCAAGAUGCCUUGGGACUCAGCAAAUUGGGAGGACAGGCUGAAAAAAAUCGUAAACUUCAAAAAAAGCAUGAAUUGCUCGAAGAAGCCCGAAGACAAGGCUUACCCUUUGCCCAGUGGGACGGGCCGACUGUUGUCGUCUGGCUGGAGCUCUGGGUCGGGAUGCCGGCCUGGUACGUGGCUGCUUGCCGAGCCAACGUGAAGAGCGGGGCCAUCAUGUCCGCCCUGUCGGACACGGAGAUCCAGCGCGAGAUCGGCAUCAGCAACCCUCUGCACCGGCUGAAGCUGAGGCUGGCGAUUCAGGAGAUCAUGUCCCUGACAAGUCCGUCAGCCCCUCCUACGUCAAGAACGACCACGGGAAAUGUCUGGUUAACACACGAGGAGAUGGAGACGCUCACGGCCGCGCCCCAGACGGAAGAUGAGGAGGGAAGCUGGGCUCAGCAGACACUGGCGUACGGGGACAUGAACCACGAGUGGAUCGGCAACGAGUGGCUGCCCAGCCUGGGCCUCCCGCAGUACCGGAGCUACUUCAUGGAGUGCCUCGUGGACGCGCGGAUGCUGGACCACUUGACCAAGAAAGACCUUCGCGGGCAGCUGAAAAUGGUUGAUAGUUUUCACAGAAACAGUUUCCAGUGUGGAAUUAUGUGCCUGCGAAGGUUAAAUUAUGACCGGAAAGAACUGGAAAGAAAAAGAGAAGAAAGCCAGAAUGAACUAAAAGAUGUGCUUGUUUGGAGCAAUGAUCGAGUGAUUCGCUGGAUCCUCUCCAUUGGUCUCAAGGAAUACGCAAACAAUCUCGUAGAGAGCGGUGUGCACGGUGCCCUUCUGGCCUUAGACGAAACCUUCGACUUCAACGCACUGGCCCUCUUGUUACAGAUCCCUACGCAGAACACACAGGCUCGUGCUGUCUUGGAAAGAGAGUUUAACAACCUUUUGGUCAUGGGGACCGACAGAAGGUUCGAUGAAGAUGAUGAUAAAAGCUUUAGGAGAGCACCUUCUUGGAGAAAAAAAUUUAGACCAAAGGAUGUUCGUGGCUUAGCUGCUGGGUCAGCAGAGACUCUCCCCGCAAACUUCCGGGUCCCAUCCUCUCUGUCCUCGCCCUCUGUGCAGCCAAAGAAGAUGCAGCUGGACGGCAGCGUGGCGGGAGCGCAGAGGCUGGACUCCGCUGCAGUCAGGACUUACUCCUGCUGAGCCUCCGCCGUUUACCCACACUACUUCUACAGAUGAUUAUGCAGCAUUUUGAAUCCAGCGAAGACUACAUUUUGAGCUCAAUGGAAUCUUUAAUCUGUUAAUACUUGUUAUAUGGACCCUAAGAUAUUUUAUUACAGAGUUUUUAAUUAGCGAAAAAUUCAUGAAUACCAUAGAGAAAAUAUUUUAGAAUUUAAUGUUUCUUAUAUUUAUGUAAACUUAUGACUUCAUUUAUAUAGUUACUUACUUUUUCAUGUAUAUCCAGGCUAUAAAUAUCCUUUCAGAUCAGUUCAUGUUCUUAUAUCUGAUUUUAGUCUUUCAAAGGAAUGUACUGUAAUGCUUGUAUGUAUAAAUCCUAUGAACAAAUAUAGGGCUUUUGUAAAUUAUGCAUUUAUUGUAAUUAUUCUUGUUUAAUUUUUUAAUGAUAAACCAUGACAGAGAAAAGGAUUUUACUGCGUUUGUAAAAUCAUCAUGACACAGCGUGCAUUAUCCUUUACAAACUGUAACCUAGCCCUACAACAAUCAUUUUGAAAGAAGCCAACUUACUUUCAAGCAAUUGUUGUUGUGUUUUAAUGACUGACCUUAGCUAUACUUUUUCUAGCAAGAAAUGCUUUACUCUGUAGCGUGAAGAGAUUAAAAAUACGGGGUGUUAAAUAUCAGCUUUUAAUCAAAUUUGGACUGAAAGGAUCAUUAGAACACUAUGAAAAUCUCUUAGGACCGGUGAGCUCUUCCAUAGCCUGGUCUCUGUGGAUCCGGAUACCUCGUCUUGGGUGACCGGCAGAAGCCACGAGCUGGGGGAAGAGCGACUCCGGUGGGGGGGUGGGGCCUGGGCCCCCGCAGCCCGCCGCGCCCGCCCCCUUCCCCUUCCCCGCCCCGCCCCCCCCAAGCCGGGUCAAGGGCGCUGACUCUUAGAGGACCAAUCACGAAGCACUGCACUCACUGAGGAGACACUGGUGCGCGCGGAAGAUAAAGGCACGAGAUCCUGAAAAUAAUGUAGUGCAGCUCUAAUCAAGGCCUUAUUUUUCUGAUGUAAAUCAUCCUUUUACAUUUGUCUGUAAACAUGUUUAAAGAAUGGACCUAGUCGUACAUUUUUAGAUUUUGACGAUAUAGCCAUUUUGGAUUCUAUAAGUAGCAAAUGUAACUUUUACUUUUUAAAUGGCAUAUUAAAAAGCCAGCAAGAGAUGUGUUCAGAUCAUGGUGCAUUAUUUAUUACGCAGCUGAUGUACCGGUAGACAGAGAUGGCGUGUCUUUUUACAUUUGGGCUCUGCCUUUAAUUUACUUGUACAGUUCACUGUUACCGUUCUGUUUUUCUAUUCAUCUUUUGUGAACUUCCUGAUUAUGUAACAAAGUAUGUACAGUCUACUUUUGAACUAUUUUUAUCACAGUAUUAUUUAUUGCUUUCUUUCAAUAAAGUACUGAAGCAAAAUUUUCCACUGCCAAUAAAGAGUACCGAGGGUAA